UCACGUUCACAGAAUGACAGAACCGCGCCCACUCCACUCCCACGGAGAUGGAGGCGAUAAGAAGUUGACAGGCUGAUCCCCAAGACCCCAACCGAAAGCCGCGACGCGAAGCCUCUCCUCUCCUCUCCUCUCCUUCUCCCUCCUCCAGCACCGGCAGCCGUCAAGCUCCUCUCUCCCACCCGGAACCGCGCCCCCGCAGGAGCACGUACGACACGACGACAAGCGGCAGCAACAAUGGUGGCGGCGGCCGUGGCCGAGCGGGCCUACGCGGCGGCGACGCGGUCGGCGCUGGCGGCGCUGGAGCGCAACCUCAUCCCGGACGCGGUCACCCGGCGCCUCACGCGGCUCCUGCUCGCGCAGCGCCUCCGCCAGGGCUACCUCCCCUCCGCGCCGCUGCAGCUGCAACAGCUCCUCCAGUUCGUCCACUCUCUUCAAGAGAUGCCCAUUGCGAUAGAAACGGACAAAGCUAAAGCCCAACAUUAUGAGUUGCCAACAACAUUUUUCAAGUUAGUGCUCGGAAGGAAUCUCAAAUACAGUUCCUGCUACUUCCCUGACGAUUCAAGCACCCUAGAAGAUGCUGAGGUUGCAAUGAUGGAACUGUAUUGCGAGAGGGCAAAAAUACAGGAUGGACAGAGCAUCCUUGACGUUGGAUGUGGAUGGGGAUCCCUUUCACUGCACAUUGCAAAGAAAUAUAGGAACUGCAUUGUAACAGGGAUAUGCAACUCUACCACACAAAAGGCUUUUAUAGACGAGCAAUGUAGGGAAAAUGAGCUAUCAAAUGUUGAGAUAAUUGUGGCAGAUAUCAGCAAGUUUGAGAUGGAGCGUUCUUUUGACAGGAUCGUAUCCAUUGAGAUGUUUGAGCACAUGAAAAACUACAAGUCACUUCUUACGAAGAUAUCCAAGUGGAUGAAAGAGGACAGCUUAUUAUUUGUUCACUUCUUCUGCCACAAGACAUUGGCAUAUCAUUUUGAGGAUAACAAUGAUGAUGAUUGGAUCACAAGAUAUUUUUUCACAGGAGGAACAAUGCCAUCGGCAAACCUUCUUCUCUACUUUCAGGAAGAUGUAUCUGUGGUCAAUCAUUGGCUUGUCAGUGGUACGCAUUAUGCUAGAACUAGUGAGGAGUGGCUGAAGCGUAUGGACCGGAGCAUCGUUUCCAUUAGGCCCAUUUUUGAAAAAACUUACGGGAGGGAAUCAACUACCAAAUGGAUAGCUUAUUGGCGGACAUUCUUCAUCUCUGUCGCUGAACUUUUCGGGUACAAUAAUGGUGAUGAAUGGAUGGUUGCACAUUACCUGUUCCAAAAGAAGUAGGAGCUGCAGCUCCUUUUUCUCAUGCAAAGUACAAUCACUGAGAAGCACCCGUUCAGAAGUCGUUUCCCCUGUAGCCCCAGUAGUGAUUCAGUAAGCUUGCCGUGUGCCUAAACGAACAGCCCAUUUUCAUGCAUUCAGUUGUACUUGUAUUUAAUAAGGUGCUUCACAGUGGUUUCACCAAUUAAAUAGCAAAUCAUGGUGUUAGAAGUUCAUGUUGUACGUCAUCAGUCCUUGUUUUAUAUGUUAUUGAGUUACUCCUUCAGAUGUUUUGUAAAGAGCAUACCUUUCUGUCUUCUGGAUGGCACCUUCAUAAGAAUGGCACCUUCAUAAGAAUGGAAGUAUGGAACUA